AUGAAAAAACGGUUUGAAUUAAUUGAGCUAAAUUAUUUAUUGUCUGUUUCAACUAUACUUGAUCCUAGAUUCAAAAACAUACAUUUUAAAGAUUCUGUUGCACUUUCAAAACAUCUAAGGUUUAUAAAUAGUUCAAUAAAUGGUAUGGUAAGUUUACCAGCAGAAGAAGAUUACCAUUCAACUGACUCUGUCUCAACUUCAGAAUCCGGUACUAUAGACUUAUGGGGACAUCAUAAACAAUUGGCCCAAAAAUCUUUAAAAAAGUAUGUUGAUAAAACUAAUAUAGGAAAUCAAAAACAUUUAGGACCUGAAUUAACCAUGUAUUUAUCUACACCUGUAUCAUCAUUAAAAACUGAUCCAUUGAUUUCUUGGGAAGAAUUAAAACCCCUGUAUCCAUUUAUAUAUAAUUUAGCCUUAAAAUAUUUAUCUGGUGUCUGUACGUCUGUCCCAAGUGAAAGGCUUUUUUCUUGUGCUAGUAACACCAUAUCAAAAACAAGAAACCGAUUAUGUGGGAAAUCGGCAUCGAAAUUAAUUUUUUUAAACAAUCUGGACGAUCAAUUUGGGCCAUAA